UAGCUUUCCCAACACAAUCGAAAACCCCCCAAUUUUCUCCCCCAAAAUUUUUCAUCUUCAUCUCCAAAUCUUAAAAAUUAGGUUUACCAGAAUCAAGUUUUUCAUCUUGUUGUUCUCGUAAAUUUCAGGACCAGAUCUGAUAUUUUUGUUGUGUGAAUCGGUGUUUGUAAUGGGCUGACUUGAGCGGCAGAAAAGCGGUGGUGGUAUUGCUGAAUCUCUCAAUUCCGAUCUAUUAGAUCGGGUGUUGAAAAAACAAAACCUCUAAUUGAAAAAUCUGAUUGAAAAUCAUUAUGUCUUGCUGCGGCGGAGGAGGAUUGAUGGAAUUUGGAAGAAUCGGUAGUGAAACUAGAAUGACAAAGAUGAAUAAACCUUCUUUAGAUAAACCGCCUUCAAAUAAUUCAUGUUCUCAUCUUCUUAAACAUAAUCGUCGUGGUAAUCUUAGUUAACAUUCGGCCUCAUUUUCUGCUCAAUUAGUAUUUCGUUUCGUUUAUUAUUCGUUCGUUCGUCUUUUUCUUUCGGAAUUUCUGUGUUUGAAUUGCGUUUGUCGAGGAAUUCAAGCUUGGGAUCUAGCUAAAGGAGGAGGAAUCACACGGUUUUCUCUCUUUGGUUAAGGGGGAAUUUGAAGUUUUGGUGUUUCGGUUCUAUUGGAUUUAAUUUUAUUGAGGAUUAUUCAGUUAUAUUUGAGAUUUGUUUAGUGGAACCUUUGUUUUUAUCAACUAUGGGAGAUUCUUCUCCUAGUGAGGACUCGGAUUCAGAAUAUGUAAAUAGCCUUCAUGACUUGGACCUAUUACAUGAAGAUUACAAUACGCAAUGCACUUUUACUGAAAAUAGUACUUUUGAAGACUACAUGUUAGGAGAGCUAAUACCUGGACUCUCUAAUGAACUGCAUUUGCGAGACACUCAUGAAGUGAUAUCAGAUACUGAUACAAGCUCGGAUGAUAUCAGUGAAGUAUGUGCCUUGACCAGGUCAGCAACAUUUCCAGGCUCCAAGAAAGAGAUGCCUGAUGAUGGAUCUCAUGAAGCUAGUGAAAAUCCACCUUACAAUCGCUCAACGUCUUUGCCUGUUCCGUUAAAAUCAGCCUUGAAAGGUGGUCGCGAGAAAUAUGGAAUGCCUCAUAAGAAACUCACGGUGACUUGGGCUCAUGAUGUGUAUGACCCACCUGUUACAUUAGUGUCGCAUUCAGUGAAGGGUGGCCACAGCCAUCACCGAUCUUCUAGAUCUAGCAGGAAGAGCAGCAGCAGCAGCAAUAGCAGCAAGCACAAACACAAGGGAGGGAAAUCUUCGUCAAGAAGCAGCAGUAGCAGCGAUGCCCACAAAAAGCAUCACCACCACCGGAAGCAUAGCGGUGGUCACUCUGAAUCACGUGCAAGGUCAGUUGAAUGCAGAGAUAGGUUAACUCCUCUCUCGAAUGCUAUGAAUCACAGCAGGGGGUACACUGAAUCACGUGCAAGGCCAGUUGAAUGCAGAGAUAGGUUGACUCCUCUCUUGAAUGCUAUGAAUCACCGAUCAACUGCUGAACUUUCAGACUUUUCUCUUGGUGCUCGCGCUUGUGCUUUGCCGGAGAACACCAAGUGUGGGACCAGCUAUUUCAUGAAGUCUUUGACGGAAUUGCAUUUACCAGUUGCUGAGGCCACAUAAACAUUCUAUAUGAAUUAUGACAUAUAUAUGUUACUUUGAGUCUCUGUCUCAGUUUUCUUUCUCUCUUGCGGCUUUUAUUUAUGGUUUUCUUUUUUUGAUGGAUGCACGUCUUUUUCUUAUGUUUGGGUUGGUGACAGACUUCCUCAUGUUAUCACGUACACUACUGAAUACGUGAAGAUGGCUACUGUUUAUAGUUUUUACCAAUGGUAAUAAACAAGUUUAGAAACAUUGUGAUGUAAAAUUUGGCUAUGGAUUUAAAUGUUGUUCUGAAUAGUUUGUGUUUCAUGUUUUAA